UGGCGUAAAGUGAGGACGCUAACGUUUUUGAACCAUUUUGAGCGGCUAAAUCAGUGUUAAAAGACACCAUGAGCAAAUAUGAGGACUCAUGGGAAUGGCUGGAUACUGAGUUUGACCAUUUUCUGCUUGACAUGAAGCCAUAUGUCCUUAAACACCCCAGCAAGACAGAGCGGCAGCGAUGUGUCACAUGGAUAAAGAAGCUGUGUGACCCGGCCAGCUGUGGUUCAGGUUUGACCGGUCGUAAGAACCGCAACAUGCAUGCCCGUUUGCUCCUUCAAAUGCUCAAAAGAGGGGCCCUGGAUCGGCCUUUCACCUGCAAACCAGAGCCUGGCAGCCUCAAGACACUCCCUACCUACAUGUCGAUCUACUUUGAUGAACCUCUGCGCGGUCACAGCAGAGCGGAGCUGCCUGAUUGGUUGACAGGAGAGCUUGGAGGCCACACUGAUGACUCUUUGGCUGCCAGUCUGCUGAAGGACAGAACCAGCUCCACACCCAUCACAGCUCGUAACAGGAGAAGGCUGUACGAGGAACAGAACCCACCACGACCUGUGUCUUCCAGUCCACUCAAACAGUCUCCCAGACACGAUGCCCGCAGGGUGGAUGUGGGGCUGAAGGCAGACACGUCUCCCGAUGACAGCGACCUGGAGGCUCGUCUCAACAGCUGGAACCUGGGGGUUGAAAACCCUCGUUAUUUGCGAGAGAACCCCAGUCCCUUGUCUCCGAUUUCCAAGCCAAGCUUUGGGAGGAACAGCACCUUGGCCGAGGAUCAGGGCCCACAGUUUGCACAGAGCAAGGAGACCGAGAUGAAGAUCAAAGUUCUGGAGUCCAAGCACCAGGAGGAGAAACUGAAGAUGCAGCAGAGACACGAUGCAGAUGUUGAGAAAAUCCUGGACCGAAAGAAUGGUGAGCUUGAGGAGACGAAGAGCAUGUACCGGGCUAAGCAGAGGGAAUCCGAGGAGAUGAUCCGUAAACUGGAGAAGAAAGUUCAAAGUGUGCUGCGGGAAUCCAAGGUCAUCUGUGAGAGCAAGGAGAAGCAGAUCGCUGAGCUGAAGAACAUGUCGGAUCAGAGCAGCGACUCCCUGAAAAACGAGUGGGAGAAGAAGCUGCAUGCUGCUGUGACACAGAUGGAGCAGGAGAAGUUUGAAUUGCAGAAGAAACACACUGACAACAUCCAGGAGCUGCUGGAGGACACCAACCUGCGGCUGGCUAAGAUGGAGGCCGAGUAUAACGCGAGGGCACAAGCGACCGUGAGUACAAGAACAGGCGUGUUGACGUGCCAACAAACCCGAGUUCU